AUGGUUACUCUCUCAGAAGUCCAGGCAUCCAAUGCCCAAAUCGCCACCGCGCUUCUACCCGGCCUCGUCGCCGUCUUCGUUGGCGGAACCAACGGCAUCGGCGAGGCUGCACUACUUGAAUUCGCACGUCACGCUCGUCAGCCUCGUGUCUACUUCGUAGGUCGCUCGCAAGAAGCGGGCGACCGGAUCGCCGCCGAGUGUAGGGACUUGAACCCAGACGGCGAGUUCACAUUCAUCAAAGCGGAUCUCAGUCUGAUGCGCAACGUCGACGAUGUUUGUCAAGCGAUCAAAAGCAAGGAGAAUGCUAUCAAUCUACUCUUCCUGAGUUGUGGCGUUGCGAUGACAGGCGUCGAUACGAGCGAGGGUCUGCAUAUUAUGCUAGCUGUGGGAUACUAUGCCCGAGCGAGAUUCACUAUCAAUCUCCUGCCACUGUUGCGACAAGCCACUGGACUCCGGCGCGUGGUGACUGUCUUGGCUGGAGGACAUGAUGGCCCCGUCUACCCAGACGACUUCCAAGCCCAGCGCAUGUCUAUUUUCUCAUUGCGCGGGCAGGUCGCGUCGAUGACAGACUUGAUCCUUGAAGGGAUAGCCGAGCAAGCGCCCGAGGUUAGCUUCGUCCAUGACUACCCCGGCACAGUGAAGACCGGGAUUGGGAGAGAUGCAAACACCCUGCUGGUACGAAUUGUUUCGUGGAUCGUGCCGGUGAUUGGAAUGUUCCUGUACAUCCCUAUUAAAGAGUCAGGAGAGCGACACCUGUUCUUUGCGACCAGCGACAAGUACCCGCCUCGAACAGGCGACCUGGCUGGAGUGCCGUCGGGCGGAGUCAGUGUGGCUGAUGGCAUCGAUGGCAAAUCCGGUAGCGGGGUUUACAGUAUUCACUGGGACGGGGAGAGUGUUGCCAAAGUGGUUGAACUCUUACGUGGGAUGCGGGAGAAAGGGAUGGCGCAGCAGGUGUGGGAUCACACACAGGGGGAAUUCAAGCGGAUCUUCGGCUUGUGA